UCCUCGUCAGUAGGUGGCAGAGCGCACUCGCACAUACAAACGGGACGUACUACACGUAGAAGCGUGUGUUCGUAAUGUAUUGUUCUAAAAGAAAACAUUGCCGUAUCGCGUAUAUAUAUUAUUUUUAACAUAUUAGAGAAUAAAUAUACUAGAUGCUAGAAGGAUAUGUGGUGCUGCUUUCGAUUUAUAUUAUAGUGCUCCGGUGAGUAGUUGGUGCAAUAGCCUAUACUAGAAAUAUGCUUUGUUAAGAAUACCAGAAGAUGAGGAAUCCGUUUGUAUUGCUUCAAGAUUUAAUAAGCAUAUGAAUUUACUGGAAUUGUGAAUAACUGUCGAUGUCAAGAGAAUGUCAGUGGACAUAAAACAAACAUGACGGUGGUACAAAAGAGCUGAUGUUACAGUGGACCUGGGGACUUUGUUAGCACUUUGGACAUUUCUGUUGUCAGUGGACAUGGAGUUUCCAGGACAUAGUCAGCAGCUCCUGGCCAGCCUGCGCUCUCAGCGUCUACAAGGUUUCUUAUGUGACUGCUCUGUGCAGGUCGGUCCGACUCGUUUUGGAGCCCACCGUGCUGUGUUGGCCUCUUUCUCCCCUUUCUUCCAUAUGUUUUACUCCGACCAGUCUGUGGGGAAUACCAGCACAAUAAACGGAGGGCCACAAAGAGACACAGUCACUAUUAAUGGAGAUAUAGUGACCCCACAAGCCUUUGGGCUCCUCCUUGAUUUUAUGUAUGAAGGGGUUCUGCGAUUAGCAGCCCACCCCCCUCCAGAGGACGUGCUAGCUGCAGCCAGCUUCCUACAUAUGAACGAUGUGGUGCGAGUUUGUAAGAGAAGACUGCAGGGUCGAGGACUGGCUGAGGCAGAUAGUACAAGAGUAGAAGUUGGAGCAAACGAGUCAGCUAAACCUGGAGAACUUGAUGGCUCAAAUGGUGAAGACACACCUGGUGCAGAAACAGAAAGAGAUGGAGCAGUAAGAAAUUGUCCACAGUCAAGCCAACAAAUGUCACUUUAUAUCGAUACCAAAACUGAAACACAAGCAGGGGUGGCUAAUCUCCUCAUGCACAGGGAGAGUUCAGAAAUGGCGGACACGACCCAACCAGGAAUGGACUCACAACCAGCCAUGAGUAAUACUUGUUCGGGUUCGUCCACAUAUCGUCCUUCACCUAGACCAGACAAAACAAGAAUAUCGGCAGCGGCGCGAUCUGCUAGCCUUGAGUCUGCACUUUCAAGUCCAUGUAGUACGACAGAAAUAAUUCAGAAAGAGACGCAACCUGUUGUAGCCACUACCGUGGCUCUGAGCAGUGUGGAUAACGCUAGUGCUGCUCUACAACAUGAAUCUAGAGUUUUUAUGCAGGCUCAAACAAUAAAACCCCAGUUCCGGAACAAAAGUGCUGGAAAUCCAGAGUCUUCACAACACAUUCAAAACCAGAAUGAAAGGAUGCAUGAGAACACUUUGCCCAAUGCCAGAAACAUGCAAAGUAAGCUUAAAAAAACUUGUUCGCAAACAUCAAGAGAAGAAAAUGAAGAUCGCUUUAAAGUGAAAUUGGAGGCCAUUGUGAUUUCUGAUGAAGAGUCUGAUGAUGUAGAUGAGACCGUGGUAAUGGAUGAUGACCCAAGAAGAAAUGCAGAUUCAGAUCAUGGAGAUGAUUUUGAUGACAGUAAUCAUGAUGUGGAGGAGCUGACUGAUACUCAGUUUAUUCCUGCACACCCAUUAAUUCAUCUUCCACAUCAAGAACCCCUUUCUUUCCCUUCUUCACCGCAAGGUCCUAAUCCCUCUGCAGCAGAAACCGCCGGCUUUUCAUCAUCUCUUUUUCCAGCCAAUUCCCAGCCGGAGCAGCAGGCCAUGUACCUAGAGGAUUUUCAUGACUCGCUUGGGAGUUACGUAGAGGACGUGCCUACUUGUAACACUUGCGGAAAGACGUUUUCCUGUGCGUACACGCUGAGGAGACACGCCAUUGUGCACACUAGGGAGCGCCCUUAUGAGUGCACCUACUGUUACCGCAGUUACACGCAGUCUGGAGACUUGUACAGGCACAUCAGAAAGGCACAUGAUCACGGCUUACCAGUCAAGCGCAGCAGAGUCGAGUCCGACCCCCCACCAUCACCACCCCCUCCUGCUCAGACGUAGCCAUCAUCUGUGGCUAGAUCCUUUUAACAGGUCCUUCAGAAACCUGCUUGCCACGUCUAUACUUUUGUGGCAAAUGCUUUGAAAGGGAAUCUUGACACACGUGACUGCUGCCAUGCCAUUUACAAACACAACCAGUAUGACUGAAAAAAAAGUUUCAAUAUUCAAUAUUGUUUGAGAUAUUGAGAUUUGUACUGUUACACAAACUGGUUUUAAAAUUAAUUUCUAAAGUAUAUUGUUUUUAUAUAAAGAUUGGAAGUGUAAGUAAAUGUGAAUUGAAUAUUGAAACAGCCUUUUAGUAAAGUAAUCCCCAUUCAUGGUGGUGUUUUGCAGUUUAAAAUGCCAUGUUUACGUCUCUUAUGGAUUAUUGUAGCUGUUAUAAAAAUAAAUGAGCAUUAAGAUCCAUUA